GUUCAAAAAGAGAAAACGAGAUGACGAUCCUGUAUCCUGUCGGGAAAAUUUGGCAAGAAAGCAGGAGACAGAAGCAGAUACAAGUACAGACGAGGAAUGGUUGGGACUCGGACAUGAAUCCAGUUCUGAGAGUGGAUCGCACUCAGAGCCUGAGGAUGAUUUUCAAGCCAACGGCGGAGGGUUCACAGCACAUUCCUCCAGCUCUCGGGGGCCGGCUGUCGUAGUUUUUGAUGACGCUCGAACCACAUCAUCCUCGUCAAAAUCAGGGUCAAAAGGAGACUUGAAAGCGUUCAUGUCUUCCAAGGUAUCCAAACUCACGCAGGACGUAACCGACCAUCGCAAAAAAUUGAGUACGACAGCAGAAGAAAAUGAGGAACGCACGAAUGCCGAAAAUGAUGCUGAACUUCGGCGACUCAUUCAUACCAAGCUGUUAUCAGGUUCACUAAAUCCUGAGCUAGACAUGAAGCCUGCCCAGCGCCGGAAAGCGCUGGAAGGUCGUCUGCUAGAACUAGCCGGCGAAGUGAAAUUAGGGAAGGGAGAGAAAUCUGUCAAGACUGCUGAACGGAAUAAGGCGGCUCAAAAAGUCAGGCUAGGUAUGCUUUCAAAGCAGAAGGAGAGGGAUGGUAAACAGCUAGAAGAGGCCAAGAAUCUGGGCAACUACCACCCGACCAUCAAAAAACUCUUUGAGCCUGCAUCACAGCGGAAUACGAGGAAACGGGAGAAGGGGCUUACAAUGGGGGUAGGGAAGUUCAAGCGCGGGGUGCUCAAGUUGAGCAAGGAAGAUAUUAGUUCUAUCCAGGGUCAGGCCUCCGCACGACCCAUGAGGGGAAAGGGACGGCCAAGCGGAAGGCGGAAAUAA